AUAAAGGAAAAACAUGAAAGAUGGUAGGAAGAAACGCUACUUCUGAAGGCUCCUUCAUCCUGCUGGGCUUCUCCAGGUGGCCUCAGCUGGAAGUCACUCUCUUCGUGCUGAUCUUGAUCUUCUACUUGAUGACACUGGUGGGCAACCUCUUCAUCAUUGUCCUGUCACACCUGGACGCCCGUCUCCACACUCCCAUGUACUUCUUCCUCUCAAACCUCUCCUUCCUGGAUCUCUGCUACACCACCAGCUGCAUCCCCCAGUUGCUGGUCAACCUCUGGGGUCCAGAGAACACCAUCUCCUUUGCUGGCUGCGUGACUCAGCUCUACUUUGUCCUCUCCCUGGGAAUUGCAGAGUGUGUCCUGUUGGUGGCGAUGUCCUAUGACCGCUACACAGCUGUGUGCAGACCCUUGCACUACACUGUGCUCAUGAACCCUCGCUUGUGCCGCCUGUUGGCUGUGGCCUCUUGGGCAAGUGGCUUUACCGUGUCAGCACUUCAUUCCUCCCUUACCUUCUGGGUCCCCCUUUGUGGACAUCGCCAGGUGGACCACUUCUUCUGUGAGGUCCCAGCCCUCCUGAGAUUGUCCUGUGUCGACACUCGUGCAAAUGAGCUGACCCUCAUGGUUAUGAGCUCCGUCUUUGUUGCUGUACCACUGAUUCUCAUCCUCAGCUCCUACGGCGCCAUUGCUGGUGCUGUGCUGAGGAUGCCGUCAAAAGCGGGGCUUCAGAAAGUCUUUGGUACCUGUGGAGCCCACCUCGUGGUUGUCUCCCUGUUCUUCAUUCCAGUCAUGUGCAUCUACCUGCAGCCUUCGACAGAAAGUUCUCAAGACCGAGGCAAGUUCAUCGCCCUCUUUUACACCGUGGUCACACCCAGCCUGAACCCGCUCAUCUACACCCUCAGAAACAAAGAUGUGAAGAGGGCUGUGGAGAGACUGAUGGGGUGGGACUAGGAGAGGUGCUGGAGAGAUCGCAGCCCUGCAGUUUCUGUGGGAAGGGUCCGAUCCACCUUGGAGGGUUCACUGAAGUCAAAUUCACUCACGACAAAAUCUGCACAUCUUAAAUGUGCAGUUCAGAGAGUUUUGACGAACGUAACAUUGUGUAAACACCACCGCCACGAAGACAUAGAACUUCUAUCCAGCCUCGAAGCCUCUGUUCCUUCACGGCACUUCUCCGCCUCUACCCAUGCUCUGAAGAACCAUCAAUUCUCUCUCAGGAGGGUCCC